UUGUAAACACUCUGAAAGGAUUAUUGUAAGUUGUGGCUGAGGGGAUUUUGUGUGGAGUUUAUGUAAGAAGACACUUCAACCAAAAAUGUCCAGCAGUGGAGGAAUGUGUCUUUAAUGCUACGGCAAAACUCAGGGGAGUCAAGCCAGGAGCUGGGCCCCCCUCCGUCGGUGGAUGAGGCAGCCAACACAUUGAUGACGCGCCUGGGUUUCCUUCUGGGAGACAAAGUGAGUGAGGGGCCAGCCGGCACCCAGUACAGCAUGGAGGAACCCGAGGCAAGACAGGGCCAGAACCAGAGGAUCAGCCCGUGCUCCACCCUGACCAGCAGCACUGCCUCCCCCCCUGCAGGCAGCCCCUGCUCCACCCUCCCCCCUGCCAUGCCUGGCCAGGCAGGCAACAAGGACUGUGCCUACGGUUCUGUCACCAGUCCCACCUCAACCCUGGAGAGCAGGGACAGCGGGAUCAUCGCCACUCUGACCAGCUACUCCGAGAACAUGGAGCGAGGCGGCAAAUACGGCGAAGGCUCCCGGGCAAACCUCAAACUGUGGCAGUCCCAGAAAUCAGGCAUGGACUCGUUCCUGUACAGGGUGGAUGAAAACAUGACAGCCUCCACCUACAGCCUCAACAAAAUCCCUGAGCGCAACCUGGAGAGCAUGUCCUCCCACUCUGCCCACUCCAUCCCUCUGUACCUCAUGCCCCGUCCUAACUCUGUGGCUGCUACCAGUUCAGCCCACCUGGAGGACCUGGCAUACCUGGAUGAGCAGAGACACACUCCAUUACGCACCUCGCUGCGCAUGCCCAGACAGAGCACCACCUGCGGGCCGGGUCGCUCCGGGCAGGACCUGAGAGCUUCCGCUAAUAACACCCAUGCCUGGCAAUCCCAGUCACUGCGUUUUGCACCCUAUCGUCCUCAAGACAUCGCCCUCAAACCUCUGCUGUUUGAGGUGCCCAGCAUCACCAUGGACUCCGUGUUCACGGGCCGUGAGUGGCUCUUCCAGGAGAUCGACGCCCACCUCAACAGCCCCAACGCCAGCACCAACCGCGGCGUGGUAGUGGUCGGCAACAUCGGCUUCGGCAAGACCGCCAUCAUCUCUCGCCUGGUGGCUCUCAGCUGCCACGGCACCCGCAUGAGACAGAUCGCCUCCGACAGCCCGCAGGCCUCACCCAAACAUGGAGAGGGGCUCCCUCUCACCCAGCCACAGCCCACGCAUGGCACCCUGGGAGGAGGCAGCUGUCCCGGGACCCCAGAGAUGAGGCGGCGUCAGGAAGAAGCCAUGAGGAGGCUGGCGUCUCAGGUGGUGGCGUACCACUACUGCCAGGCAGAUAACGCCUACACCUGCCUGGUGCCGGAGUUUGUGCACAACGUGGCGGCUCUGCUGUGCCGCUCGCCGCACCUCGUCGCCUACAGGGAGCAGAUGCUGAGGGAGCCGCACCUACAGAGCAUCCUGAGUCUGCGCUCCUGCGUCCAGGACCCCCUGGCCUCUUUCAGGAGGGGGGUCCUAGAGCCCCUGGACGCACUUUACAAAGAGAGGAAGAUCAACUCCGAGGAGGACCUCAUCAUCCUCAUCGACGGUUUGAACGAGGCGGAGUUCCACAAGCCAGACUACGGAGACACCAUCGUGUCCUUCCUCACCAAAACCAUCAACAAGUUCCCUCCCUGGCUCAAGCUUGUGGUCACAGUCAGAACCACGUUACAGGAGAUCACCAACGCGCUGCCGUUCCACCGCAUCUCUCUGGACAGCCUGGAGGAGAACGACGCCAUAGACCAGGACCUGCAGGGCUACAUCCUGCACCGCAUCCACAGCAGCCCGGAGAUCCAGAACAACAUCUCGCUCAACGGCAAGAUGGACAACACCACCUUCGGCAAGCUCAGCGCCCACCUCAAGGCCCUGAGUCAGGGCUCCUAUCUGUACCUCAAACUCACCUUUGACCUCAUCGAGAAGGGCUACCUUGUCCUCAAAAGCUCCAGCUAUAAGGUGGUUCCAGUCAACCUCGCGGAGGUAUACCUGCUGCAGUGCAACAUGCGCUUCCCCACGCAGUCGUCGUUCGAGCGGGCGCUUCCUCUGCUCAACGUGGCCGUGGCCUCGCUUCACCCGCUCACCGACGAGCAGAUAUAUCAGGCCAUCAACUCCGGUUCACUGCAGGGAACACUGGACUGGGAGGAUUUCCAGCAACGUGUGGACAACCUGUCUGUCUUCCUGGUGAAGAGGAGGGACGGCACAAGGAUGUUUGUUCACCCCUCCUUCAGGGAGUGGUUGAUCUGGAGAGAAGAGGGAGAAAAGACAAAGUUCCUCUGUGAUCCGAGGAGCGGGCACACCCUACUGGCCUUCUGGUUUUCUCGGCAGGAGAACAAGCUGAACAGACAGCAGACUAUUGAGCUGGGCCAUCACAUCCUCAAAGCACAUAUCUUCAAGGGUCUCAGCAAGAAAGUCGGGGUUUCCUCAUCUAUCUUGCAAGGCCUGUGGGUAUCCUACAGCACGGAGGGCCUUUCAGCUGCACUUUCUUCACUUCGAAACCUCUACACUCCCAACAUCAAGGUGAGCCGGUUACUGAUGCUGGGCGGCGCCAAUGUGAACUACCGUACGGAGGUGCUGAACAAUGCCCCCGUCCUGUGCGUCCACUCCCACCUGGGCUACAUGGACAUGGUGGCUCUGCUGCUUGAGUUCGGCGCCUCUGUCGACGCCCCGUCCGAAAGUGGCCUCACACCACUGGGCUACGCCGCCGCCGGGGGACACAUGGCCAUCGUGACCGCACUUUGCCGCAGGAGAGCGAAGGUGGACCACUUGGAUAAGAAUGGGCAGUGUGCUCUGGUUCACGCGGCGCUGAGGGGCCACAUGGAGGUGGUGAAGUUCCUCAUCCAGUGUGACUGGAGCAUGGGGCCACAACAGCAACAGCAGUCGCCACAGACCCAACAACAGGCGGCCUUCACCAAGAGCCACGCAGUCCAGCAGGCCCUCAUCGCUGCAGCCAGUAUGGGAUACACAGAGAUCGUGUCCUACCUGCUGGACCUGCCGGAGAAAGAUGAAGAGGAGGUGGAGAGGGCUCAAAUCAAUAACUUUGACACCCUGUGGGGGGAGACAGCUCUGACUGCAGCCUCUGGUCGGGGGAAGCUGGAGGUUUGUCGCCUGUUACUGGAACAGGGCGCAGCUGUGGCCCAGCCCAACAGACGCGGCAUCGUCCCGCUGUUCAGUGCCGUCCGACAGGGACACUGGCAGAUCGUGGACCUCCUCCUCACACACGGAGCAGAUGUCAACCUGGCUGACAAGCAGGGUCGCACCCCUCUAAUGAUGGCCGCCUCAGAGGGACACCUGGGAACUGUGGAGUUUUUAUUAGCCCAAGGAGCCUCCCUGUCUCUGAUGGAUAAGGAGGGUCUGACGGCUCUGAGCUGGGCCUGUCUCAAAGGCCAUUUGCCUGUCGUCCGCUGCCUGGUGGAGAGUGGAGCCGCCACCGACCACGCGGACAAGAACGGACGCACGCCCCUCGACCUGGCGGCUUUCUACGGCGACUCUGAAGUGGUCCAGUUCUUGGUGGACCACGGGGCCAUGAUAGAGCACGUAGACUACAGCGGGAUGCGUCCUCUCGACAGGGCGGUGGGCUGCAGAAACACGUCGGUGGUGGUCGCCCUGCUCAAGAAAGGAGCCAAGAUAGGUCCAGCCACAUGGGCCAUGGCCACGUCCAAACCCGACAUCAUGAUCAUCUUACUCAGCAAACUCAUCGAGGAGGGGGACAGCUUCUACAAGAAGGGGAAGGUGAAGGAGGCAGCGCAGCGUUAUCAGUAUGCACUCAAAAAGUUUCCACGCGAAGGCUUCAGCGAGGACCUCAAGACAUUCAGGGAACUCAAAGUAUCGCUCUUCCUCAACCUGUCCCGAUGUCGGAGGAAAAUGAACGACUUUGGGAUGGCUGAGGAAUUUGCUACGAAGGCACUUGAACUGAAACCAAAAUCAUAUGAAGCGUACUACGCCAGGGCACGCGCCAAGCGUAGCAGCAGACAAUUUCCUGAAGCCUUAGAGGACUUGAAUGAAGCCAUAAAGCAGUGCCCCAACAACCGAGAGAUCCAGCGGCUGCUCCAGAGGGUGGAGGAGGAGUGUCGCCAGCUCGACCAGGAGGAGCACCAGCAGCAGGACCUGGAACUGGAGCCUCCUCCCUCCCCUCCUCCUACGCCUCCCCCAGAAGAGGAGGAGUCCCUGUCCCUGUCCAUGCCUCUCCCUCCUCCCCCAGAGCCCCGCCUGGAGGACAUGGAGCCCGUCCAGGACCUGUUUGAGGAUGAGGACUACCUGGAGCAGGAGCUGGAGGCCAUGUCUAUGGGUCUGCCCCCACCUGAGUCUCUCACAAAUCCCUCCAGCCUUCCCAUCAUUCAGAGCCCACCGCUCUCCCCCACACAUCCAGAUCAGAUCUAUUUAGCUGGGGGUUCGCCCAUGGGCCAGCCCUAUGAGUAUCACCCCACCUCGUCCUCCAUGUCCUCUCCGACCCGCGGGACGUACCAGCCCACAUCGCCCUCUCUAUCCCCAACACAUCAGAACUCCCACUACCGACACAGCCCGCCUCACACCUCCCCAGUGCAUCAGCCGUCCUACCGCUUCAGCCCGCCUCCCAUGGGCACCGGGGGUCAGGGAAUGGAUCACCAGAGCCCACCGCCUUCCCCUUUACGUCGAGCUGCUCAAUACAGAGCCAGUCCGCCAGUAGAAAGUGUUUGUCUGUACAGGUCCCAGUCUGGGUCGCCUGUGCGCUACCAGACAGAGCAGCUCCCCGGCCGACCCAAAUCUCCCCUCUCUAAGAUGAGCAGCCAGCGUUCGUUCCAGCUGAGCUCGCAGCCCUCGUUGUCCUCCCAGCACCACCAAGCCCAAGGCCUUCGUCUUCAGCCUUCUAUAGCCCAGAUAGUCCGCACAAACCAGCCCAGCAAUGUGAUGGGCAACAGCAGCUACGGCGGCCAGAUGGGCCACUCCAUCGGCGGUCGCUACCAAGGGGGUUCAGUGGACGUGGAGAGCCGGCUGGUGUACCAGCCCUCCCUGGAUGGACGGUCCAUGCCCCAGGUCCAGGCCAGCCUCAGUUCUGGGGCCCUCUGUCAGCACGGCGGCCGAGGAGGGGUUAUGGAGUCGGGCCUGUUGAAGGAUGAGCUACCCCAGCGCCCCUCCUCUGCCUACCGCGCCAGCAGCGGGGGCCCGGGGGGCAUGCGUUACAGCCAGACACCCCAGAUCAGCCGCAGCCAGUCAGCCGCCUACUACCCAGUCUCUGAACACGUGCUGGAGCGCGCCAACGCCAUGCCGCCCUGUCAGCUGGGCUCUCCUGAGAUUCCCCAUAUGGUGAGGCGCCCCGUCAGUGCCAAUACUACUGAGAUGAAGCAGCAUGUGCCCACCCCCAGGCCUCUCAUCCAUUCUCAGAGCGUAGGCCUUCGAUUCUCCCCGUCCAGCAACAACAUCUCAACUGGAUCCACCUCGAAUUUAGCACCGGGUUUCAGGCCUUCCUCUUCCAUCCAGCAGAUGGAGAUCCCCCUGCAGGCCACAUACGAGCGCACCUGUGAUGACAUGUCCCCCAUCUCUCCCUCGCAGGGCGGCGGGGGGCUGUAUCAGGGCGAGACCACCCGCUCUCGGAACACGCCCUUCAUGGGCAUCAUAGACAAGACGGCGCGGACUCAGCAGUACCUGCAUCAGCCCUCGCGGUCCAGGGCCAUGACGUCCAUGGACUCUGCCAUUAGCCCCACCUCGCCCGGCCAGCUGGUCCAGCAAGGCUCCACCUACAGUCCCCCCGCCUCACUGGGAAAUAUCGCCUACUACAACAAGACCAACAACGCCCAAAAUGGACACCUGUUGGAGGAGGACUACUACUCCCAGACCCAGCCCCCUUCACUGGGCAAGCUGGCCAACGGCUCCCGUGGCAGUGGGGACAUCCUGGAGAGGGUCAGCCAGGUGCCCACCUACCCGGAUGUGAAGGUGGCGAGGACUCUGCCUGUGGCGCAGGCCUACCAGGACAACAUGUACCGCCAGCUCUCGCGUGACUCCCGCACCCAAGGCCCCACCUCCCCUAUCAAACCAAAGAGACCGUUUGUGGAGUCAAAUGUGUGAUGGCCUGUCUGUGACUGGUUGGUGGGACUGGGCUUGUUAGUGGGAGUAAGAGGAGAAAAAACAGUUAGCUCAACAGCACAUGCUGCUGACCUUUGUACAUGUGACAUGGACAAACUUGUCUUAAAGAACUCACGAGAGACAGAUCCAGUCAGAGAGAAAACCACACAGCCGGCACACACACACACACACACUUAGGGUAUUAGACAUUAUCUUAUAUGAAAAACAUAACUAACAGUGAAGCGAUUAUUUCAUUAUCAUAUUCUGCGCACAGGUAGGAUAACAGGAGGGUCCUAAGUUCUGAUCUCACACUGAAUCAAAGACCAGUGCACUUCCAAAACAUUGUGUGGCACAAAGUUCCCACAAGUGAACACAACAGGUGGGACUGUAAGAGUGAAAGUACUAAUCAUCGGACUCUACUUGUGGACUCUGUAUCCAUCUUCUGUUCUUUCAAAGUGUGCUCUUAACCAAGGUUGCUAGUAGGCUCUAUUCUAUGUAAUACAAUAUUAUAUGUUCAAUACUGUACAUUGCUCAGAAAAUACAAAUGGCUCAACAACUCAGUACUUAGAGAAAGAUGACAAUAUUUAUAAUUAAGUUAUAUAUUGUACAUAGAAAUAAAAGGAAACAUAGUUUGCGUUUGAAUUGUAUUCUGUUAACCCUGCCUUUGUGUCCCACUGCUAGUCAUAUGGAUGUGGAGAACCGACCAGGGUGAGGAAGGAGGGACACAGACCAACUUUGAAUGACAUUAUUACCUCUUUUGUGUCAAAAUAAAAAAAAGAUUUUGUUGUGGUGUAAUGCAAGAGAAUGCUUUUUCUGCUGCAGGACGUCCUCAAUAAUGUAAAAUAGGGCUGCAACUAACGAUUAUUUUCGUUAUCCAUUAAUCUGCUGAUUAUUUUUUUUCGAUUGUUUUUUUUUGGGGGGGGGGAGUGGAAUGUCAGGUAUUGAUAAAAAAAAUAUGCCCAGUCCCAAGGCGACAUCUCCAAAUGUCAACCAACAGUCAGAUAUUCAGUUUACAAUGAUAUAAAACAGUCAAAGCAGUGACUCCUCGAGCUGGAGAAACUAGUCGGUGAGCUUUUGCUAUUCUGCUUGAAAAAUGACUGAAAUGACUGAAAUGAUCAGUCGAUUGAGCAACAAAUGGUUUCAGAGUUAAUAAACACACUUACAAAAUCAAAUCCUACCCAGACUGUGCCGGUGUGCACCUUUAAAUGGUCCAAGGCUUUAAACUGGUGUUAAAAUGAUUGUGUCAAAAUGAAAAUCCAACAUCUCCCUGCAUCUAUAACUGCAUCAUUUUCCACUGAUUAAAAUCAUUUUUGAGUCACGUCGCCUCAUUGAACCUUCUGAGGUUCAAAUACAUAAAUUAUGAUUUUCUGUAUCUCUGUUAAGUAUCAUUCCUGUGUCACAGACCUCAUGAAAUGCCUUAGUGUGAAGUUAAACCAGCUGUCAAGGCUGCAAACCUCUAACUUUUACUGACAUAUUCAUCCCCCUCCCUGUCAUUAAACAUCUUUGAAAACUUGUUUAACCAUCUGCUUAUAUAAACAAGCAAAGCAUGAGUUGCUAUGGUUUUUUACAAGCUCAUUUGAUUUUUUUGGAUAACUCAUACAUCUUGUUUUGAGGACAGAUUGCUUUAUUAGAUUAAAAAAAAAAAAUUAUAGGCCUUGAGCGCAGUAACUGUGUUUCUAGUGUGAAUCUUUGGCCACAGAAUGGUUCAAUCAUCUUUAUCUGAAUGACUCUGGUCAAAUGAUGAAUAAAAAAAAAUCCUGUGGUGGGUGAUUUUCAUCACGAGUGUCAAAGUUCGCCUCUGUCCCUCCUCAGUACGUAACGACACUGUAAGAGAGAGUAGAAGGUUCAGCACAUAUGCUAGUGAUGGGUUAACAUGGAUAGUGCUCAGCGACUAAAAGCAAGCAAAUGCAUACACGACCACUGUUACAGACGUUUUCCCUUUCUCCUGCAUUUCUUUUGUGCUGUUUCUUUUUACCCAUAAUGCAUUUUUAUUCCGCCACCUCUGCACUAAAAAUGCCUGUUAAGUUCUUAACUAAGGGUGCACUUUAUGUAUUUUACUUACUGUGUUGUUAUGAUUGUUGAAUUUGGAGAAAGUGGGUGUGUGAUGGGUCAGACCUCUGGCCAGUGAUAACAGACUAUCAUAGACACUAUUAUUAUUAUUAUUAUUAUUAUUAUUAUUAUAUGAUUUGCAAAGCAGUGAUGAAUGACAAUAUGAAGAGCAAACAAUGUUUUUAAACUGGUGAAGAUGUAUAGACUUUCUAGCACAAGUUGUAUAUACUGGCUCAGAUAUUCCACUCCGUCCAGCUCGGGUCCGUUAGUAAAGCAAGUCUGUUUCAAGAGGUCGACCAUAUUUAAGUAUUCAUAAUAAAUAGCCAUCAAAACAUCCUCGAACUCCAAAUCAGCCAGUCUAAUCCGCUGGUCCUGCACAUGUUAUGAAAAGAAGUUGAAUCUACUGCAACAGAUAGAUGCAUUUAAAGAAAAAAAAAGAAAAAAAAAAAAAAGACAUUUCAGUACCCAGAAACUCCAUAUUUGGAGUUUGACUGAGAAAGUGGAAUAAUGAGAGUAUUCAAGUUAUUUGUAUAUGUGCGAAAAGUUACAGACCAUUUGUCUGUAACGUUUUAUUUUGGUUCUAAAUAAAGAUAAAAUAUCUAAAGAGAGACAGCAGCUCCUCCUGACUGCCUCCUGCUCAUCCUCAGUUUCACCUGCUACCUGAGAGUUGCCGUACUUAUCUUUACAGAGAUGAAGGUAUAAACUGUACUAUACUUAAUUUAAACAAGACUUCUAAGUUGAGGAUAUCUGAGGGUGUAUGGUUUCAAGCUGUCUGUGUAUAUUAGUUUGCUGUAAAUAGUCUGAUGCAUGUUCUAUUCUUUCCAUGAGCUCAAGCAGAAACAUGUAUAGCAGUGUCCUGACUCUGGUGUGUGAUACAGUGUUCGGAUCAAGAUAAGGAGACUGCUAUCCCUGAACUAUCCUUAUCAUUUUCCUUAAACCUCGCCAGACAAAAGGGAAAAGGUUCUUUUAUUUUAUUUUAAUGUAUUUGCUUGCUGAGCAGAGUUCUCUUGUCUGUAAAUGUGAGCUUUCAGAUCGCUGUGAUAAAAAGUUUAAUUAAAAACAAUAAAAAGAAUGUGUUUUUAUCUCAUGAUAACUGAUUGUAAUCUGUACAGUCAAACAUAAUGUAUCGGGGGGGAAAAAGAACAUAUUUAUAAAUGGUUACCAACUGAAACACGCCCUGCAUGUCAGUUAUUUAUUUUACUCAUUAUGUGCAUUUAACAUAAAUAUGUAAUUUAUUUAUUUUGGAUGAUUUUGGGCCACAUAACCACAUUUAACACCAGUGUGUCGACACAAUAAUAAACUUCUAUACAAUAUAAUGCAAUUCAAUACAAUGAUCUUGCAAAAAUAGAAAGUAUUUAUAAAGCUUACAUUGUUUGUUUUUUUUAGUACACUUGGCAGCAACUAAAAAAACUGUGAACACAACACUGACAUCUCCUUAUGAAGUUUUAUAUGGUGAGCUUGUUAGUAAACAGUUGCCUAUUUACACAUCUAGCAGACACAGGCCGAUAUUAGCAUUCACUGUCGGUCGUGUUUCUGGUUACCCAACUAAUGAGGGAAAUAUCUGACUUUUUAGCUGCUAAAUGCUACACUAUGUUCAUCGGCUAUAGUCGCUAACUUUCUCUGUCUGCUGUUUCCUUCUGAGCAGAAAAUGCACAGUGAGCUCCUGGAGCUUUUAAACCAUCAGCAGCAGCGUCUGAAAACGAUGACGUUGAUUGUGGUGAGACUGAACCAAAACGGUAAAGUUGUGGGCUGUAAAGAAAAAGAAAAAAAAAAAAAAA